AUGACAGAGCCUCUGAGAAAACAGUUCACAGACGCAGCAGUUGUGGAUCCUCUCCUGGGACUUGUAUCUCAUAAGAACAUGCAGUCGGUGCUCCAAGCUUGCCGGGCUCUUGGAAACAUCUGUUAUGAUAAUGAUGAUGGCAGGGACCUUGUUCGAGCUAAACAAGGUGUAGAGCAGCUGCUGCAGCUUCUUCAAAAUGUUCUUGAAGUUGACUCUGCACCAAAAGAUCUGCAUACUGUUGUUUCAGGAUGCCUCCUAAACUUGACAGAUAUGCAAGAAAUACAAGAGGAUGCUCUCCGUUUGGGUGUCAUUGAUAUCUUGCUCAAGUACCUCCAAAAGUAUUCGGAUGUUGAAGAUGUCGUCAUGCACUGCGUCUUGGUGCUCAACGGCAUUGCAGAUUCAGACGAUGGCCGUAAACGGCUUACCGAAAAACAUACACUGUCCCUUCUGCUUAGUAAUCUCGACAAAGUUUUCUCAGAAGAAGUGACGGAAGUUUUGCUCGAGUUGUUUGGAAAUCUUGCUGAAAGUGAUGAAGUAAAAGAAGACCUUGUGGAACUGGGCUUUUGUGAGAAGCUCAUUGAAGUGUUGAAGCGAUUUCAGCCUGGGCCUGAAACUCCUUCAUCAGAAGAGAAACAGAGCGUGAUAAAGACCAUCUGUGACCUUACAGUCCUUGUCUUAACUGGAGAUGCUAGCAUGCGGCAUGUCUACCAAAAUGGUAGUGGGCCCAUCUACAAAGCCACCAUGGCAUGGCUCCAGGCAGAUGAUGACAACCUUCGUGUGGCUGGAGCCCUUUCAGCAGGCAACUUUGCCCGCAAAGAUGAUCACUGCAUUCAGAUGGUCAGAGAUGGUGUUGCUAAACGUCUGCUGGACCUCCUUACGGAGCACACAGGAACAGAUGGAGACAUCAGACUGCAGCAUGCCUUACUGGCAGCAUUACGGAACCUUGCCAUUCCAUUGGACAACAAGCCUCUGCUCGCAGAACUUGGCGCUGUUGACAAGUUGCUGUCAAUGCUGGCUGUGGAGACAUUCCCUGUUGUCUUCAAGCUUCUUGGCACAUUACGCAUGCUAGUUGACAAGCAAGAAGCUGUUGCUACAAAGUUAGGCAUGAAUGAACAGCUGGUGAAGCAUCUUGUGACAUGGUGCAGCAUUGAAGACCACCCAGGUGUCAAAGGUGAAUCUGUACGGCUGCUUGCCUGGAUAGCAAAAAACAGUGCAUCACCCGAAGCCAAGGCAGUACUGUGCCGUCUGGGUGCAUUGCCUCACUGGGUGUCCAUGCUUUCCUCUGAGCACAGUCUCAUGCAGGCGGAAGGGCUUUUGGCUCUCACGCUUUCCCUUACGUCACCACCAUCCAGUACCACACUUGAAGAGUUGAAGAAAACUGAUGUUCUUCCUCUGCUGCGAUCAUUGCUCGAAUCGCCAGAAAUAUCAGCCGAAGCUCUGCAGAACGCAGUUGCUUUCACUACUGCACUAGCCAGCCUUGAUGACUGCGUUCUUUAUCGUCGCAUCGCACACCGAACUGACCAUGAUAUCAUUCAAAACGACUUACAUCAAACCGAAUCCUGGUGUUCCAUAUCAUUAAUGAAAGUCAAUACCUCGAAAUGCAAAGUUAUGCAGAUGUCCCGUAAGUGCUCCAACAGUAAUUACAUGUACUCCAUAAACUCGAUAGCUUUGUCCUUCGUUGAAUCAUAUCAUUGUCUUGGUGUCACAAUAAACAAAAAGUUGACAUGGUCUGAUCACAUCACAAAAUUAGCAGCCGAUACUACUAAAUAACUUGGUUACAUCAGACGUUCCCUUUCCUUGUGUCCCUCCUUCACGCAAAAACUUCCUUAUGAAACAUUUAUAUGAAGUAAGCUUGAAUAUGCUCAGUUAUUUGGAGCCCUCAUCAAGCAUACCUCAUUAACGCUUUAGAAUCUAUUCAGCACCGUGCACCAGAUUCAUCUCUUCUAGGUACAUACGGCCGCAAUGAAAGCAUCAGUGCCAUAAAGUCAUCCUUGGGACUCGAGGCAUUGUCGUUCCGUUGGAGGAUUGCAAGGCUGUGCUUGUUUCAUCGGAUUUACUAUAACUUCCAAUAACUUCACGGUAAACUCCUUAACCCGCCAAGCCGUACAUCCCGUCGCCUUAUUAACUCUUGCAGCAUCCAGCGGUUGCACAGUUCUACGUCUUCUUUUAAUCAAUCUUUUUUGCCAAUAGCCAUUACGGAAUGGAACAUUUUGCCAGACAGUGUUGUCAUUGAGCGUAACCCUAUUGUAUUUAAGCAGUUGCUCACUGAUCAGCUCACGCUGUAAAAUUUCAUUUACACUGUUCUUUUUUUUUCUUUCCGCCUUUUUUAUGCCUCAUUCAAAUUGUACCUUUUUGUUGUGCUUCUAAACAAGUUUGCUUUUCUCUGAGGUAUACGUUUCAGUAUUGUGAUCCAAUAUGUUUCAUUUUCACUCCCUAUAUAACCCCCCCCCCCUUAUGUAAUACCUCGAGAGAGGCCUUUAAGGGAAAAAUAAAUGAUGAUGAAUGAUGAUGAUGACCUACAGCCUCGGCUAGAGUUACAGGAUUUGAAUCUGCCUCGGCCAUAUCAUCUUCCUCGUCACGCUCUUCUUCUUUGGGACGAAUUCAGCAAACAAUUUCCAGGUGUGAUAGUUCAAUGCAGGUGGGACAGCUUACUGUCACACUGCACAUAGUCGUGAAACAUGUGCUGGUGUAGCCAGUGCACUCUGCAUCAGCUACGCCAGCGCUGCAGAGUGUGAAACUUCGUUGAACUGAUUUUAAAAAAUGAGCCCGAGUCCACUGAUAGUGUUUUCACCUGAAAUAUUUGCUAUUCAGAAAUUCAUUUAGCCGAACUAUUUUUGCAUAGAAUGCAUAGGAAAACUGUCAGCCAUUUUCUGAAAGUUGGUUAUUUUGAAAUAUUCGUUAAACCGAUGUUGUUAAACUGAGAGUUUACUGUAUCAUGUUUCGUUUCGUCUCACGCUGUGUGGUCCUGAACUUAUUCUCGAGUUUAUUAUCCUCCAAUUUUCUGCCUUCAAGACAAGACCACUUGUUGAAACGUUGGCUCCAGCAACACCCCUUGUUCAAGGAUUUUUCAGAAGUUUCUGCCCUGUAAGUUCGUACUGGCAAUAUGCAAUGGUUGUACACUUUCCAUUCCAGGGAUAAUGGUAAAUUGCUUUUCAUGAUUUAUGAAUAGCUGGUGUAAGCGCUCCAGCAUAUCAUUAUCCUUCAGUGAAUUCCCUUUUCAUGAGUAAGCUCCCCUUUUUAACACGAAAGUGUUUUAUGCUGGGGUCCACCACGGCUCCACUGACGCAUUUCCGUCACGGAUAUGACGUUGUAAAAUAUAAAGACUAACAUAUGACAAAGAAAAAACUAUAAGAAAAAGUUCCAUCACCGGGAGUCGAACUUACGACCUCUCAAUCGCCAGCGCGCAGCGCAAAACGACUCUGCUACAGACGGCAUGUUCUCUGCUUUGCUAACGGCGAGCUAUUUAUGUACACCAUUUGCCGGUGGUGGUACGCAGAGAUCGGCGGUGCAGCGUGUUUUCGUUAUCACUAGCGAGAUGGCGUGAAGGGUUCGAAGAGCGCGCUUUAAAAGUCGUGCCCCACGCGGAUUAGCGCGCGCCUCGACAGGGCGUGGUCGCUCAUGCGGGCGCUUAUCUCGUGAUCUCGGUGGUUUGUACGUCUUGCGCUCUGCCUGCAAGUUUCCGUUGAGAGCACGAAGGUUACCUCACUCACUGCAGCUGGCCGCUUUUGCGAAAGGAGCGCGGUGCUCACACAGAAAUAAGUUACAACUGUGACAGUUCGCGCUCAUCCUGUGUAUGUUCGUUCCGUGCGUCCUUUCUGCUUGAGCAGCGCAUUGCCAGUUUCGAGCGGCUUGCCGUUCUUCGCAUAACAUUACAAUUCGAUGCUGUAGCAUUCAUUCCUUCGCGCUUGGGGCGAAAAAAUGCACAACAAACGCUCAAGUACGUCUGUGAAGACAUGUUUCACUUUCGUGUUAUACCGAUUCCUAUGACAGAGGGAUCAGCCAUGUUUUUUUAUAACUGACCUAGGUACUAUACUGUAAUGGAGAGGAACGCUAGUGGAUCGAGAUCUCCAAAUGCUCGGCUCAGGAGCACCGCCCGUGCUUAGAGUUCAUGCCCUGCCCUGAUGGUUGUCUCUAGCACUGUUUAGCAGUAAAUGUCUUCACGAGACGUUUUUGGCCUGGAAACUACUUCUGCAUAACUUAGUGGUGCAGCUGCUGGAAGAUGUUGCUGGUGCAGGGGCACGACCUUGGUAAUUUCUUGUUCAAUGGCAUGGCAGAGGGUUGGCACAAAACUUGACUUGUGCUGUUGUACAGGCUGCGGCCAUCAAGAGAGUUAGUGUGCAGCUUCCUCACGGACAAACGCCUCCAUGUAUGCGAGCAACAUAGACAGGUCAAAAACAACAGACAAAAAAGUGAGACGUUUGUCACACGAUGAAGGGUGACGGGUCAGCGAUUGCUGCCUGUGUAGCUCUUCCUAGCUUUGGCACAGUGUUCUGCCACUGACUAAGGAUUCUUGGCAAACAGCAUGUUGAAGUCAUUGUCUUCUUUUCCUUUCAUUGUGUGCCUGAUUUGGUCUGACUCCGACAUUCGUCGCAUUGACUCUCUUACACAAGUCCAAAACAUCAUUAAUGUAGCUGGUGAAAGAUUCACCUGGCUGCUGUGCUCAUUGUUGCAACCAUAGGUUGUCAAACUCACUCAUGAGUUGACUCACUCAGACUUGCUCAGAUUCAGGUCGAGCUGUGAGUCUGAGUCUCACUAAGUCCGGGUGAGUAAUAUUUUGGUGAGUUUGAGUCCGAGUGAGUCCGGUUCGGAAAAAUUUCAGUGAGUCUGAGCUCGAGUGAUUCCGGCUGAGAAAAAUUUCGGCAAGUCUGAGUUUGAGUGAGCCCUAAGUGCAAAAUAUAUUUCAUGAGUGAAUCUGUGUGAGCUCCGCAUUUUUUUGCCGACCUAUGGUUCUAUCUAAACAACUUCAACAUUAAUAUCAGCCUUAUGUCGGCUCACGUUUACACUCCCGUCGACUCACACAUACUUCAAAGCGCUAGUGUUCAUACGCCAGCUCAAUAUUUAUUGAUCAGAGGCAUGAGUUACGUGGGAGGGGGGCAGGUGCCGUGACAUCCCCCCCCCCCCCCCGCAAUACCUUUCACAGGUAGUUCUUGAUAAAAAUAUCUCGUGUGAGUCAUCUGUUUCAAUGAAAAUGUCCUUACUGAAUUGCCACCACUGAUAACUCAUAUCUGAAGGUACGAGAUCAAAAGGCGCCAAGUAGAGCACCAAUUAUGCGAGAUAUUGGCGUUAACACCUUGGUUGAUAAAGCUUAUUAUACGCUAAUGGACUCUUGAGUCGACUCACUCAGACUCAGAUAGAGCCAUGAGUCGGAGUCUGAGUGAGUAAUAGUUUGGUGAGUCUGAGUCCGGCUGAGAAAAAUUUUAGUGAGUCUGAGUGUAAGUGAGCUCUAAGGGCAAAAUAUAUUUCAUGAGUGAGUCUGAGUGAGCUCCACAUUUUUUGCCGACCUAUGCUUGCAACCGAGGUUCUGCUUGCAGCUUAUGCAAGCACAGCUGCUAAAGAGGUGUUAAAGGUGGACCAUGUUGAAAAUCUGCCUCAUAGUUGUGCCAAAGGCUGGCCACAUCCGCGAGGUAGAACAGCUCGUGACUGAGUUUGGCGGGAUCGUCCCACUUGUUGUUCGCACUUACUCUCUCAUACAUUGGGAGCCAUUCCUCUGCGUCGCUGGCAUUCGUGCCACUGAAUAUAGCAGGAUCCCCGUGGCAAGGCAUGCCAGAGCACACGAUGGAUGGAGGAGGAGGAGUCUUCAGGCACGGUCGAUAGUACGGCACAUGGUUGUAGUGCCAGGAUGGGUGAUUUGAGGGAGCAGCAGACUCUACCACUUGUAAAGAUGUUUAUUGCUCGGCAGUGCUGGAACCAACCGUCAGGGCAGGGCAUGGACUCCUAGCACAAGUGGCGCUCUCUAGCCAAGCACUGGAGAUCACGACCCGCUAGCAUUCCUCUUCGUUGUAAUAUAUAUUGUUGCGAAUAUAUAUAUGUACCCAGCACCUCCACCAAAGUGUUGCAAAUAUAUUUGCAGGUUAUACACAGGAGAAAAUAGUCCAGUAGACAAUAUGGCACUUGGUCUUCAGAGCACCCCCACGUCAUCCUCCUCUUAUUCCCUACCUUCACCGUGAGCAUAUAUGAAACACCGCAGCGAUAUUCUUGUGCAGAUUUCUGGGUCCGGUUUCCCAUGGCAAACUCUCAUUCUUUUAUCAGGCCUCCUAACAUUAUCUUUGCCUUUUGCUCGUUUAUCCUCAACCCUUUCUUGGUUUAGGUCUUCAAUCAUUUUUGUAGUUCAUCGCCAUCAUUGCUGAAGAGCAUUAUGUUGUCUGCAAACUGUAAUUUACUGAGAUAUUUUCUUUUUAUUUUUAUUCCUAUUCUUCUUAACCUAGUCACUUGAAUACUUCUAAGCAUGCAGUGAACAAGAUGGGAGGGAUUGGAUAUCCUUGGCUGAUCCCUUUUUCGAUUGCAGUUUUUUUGCUUUCCUUGAGGACAAGCAGCUUGGCUGUAAAAUUUUUGUAUGUGUUGGCUAUAUAUAUGUCGAAUGCUCCCUUGGUGACGCAGUGCCUUCAAAACUGCUAGUGUCUCUGCUGAGUUUAAUGCCUUUUUGUAGUGUAUGAAAGCCGUAUAAAGGGGUUUGUUUACUCAGCAGACUUCUCAAUUACCUGACUGAUUGCAUGGCUAUGAUCCAUAGUAGAGUACCCUUUCCUGAAGCCAGCUUGUUCUCAAGGUUGAUUAAACUGAAGCAUUUCUCUUAUCAUAUUUCGAAGUCACCUUCGUGAAUAAUUUGUGUAAUUCUGAGAGUAAGCUGAUGGGUCUAUAAUUCAACUCUUUUACAUCUCCUUUCUUAUAUGUUAAUACUGUAUUAUGUUGGCAUUUUUCAAGCUCAGUGGUAUUUCUGAGGUCUUGAGACAUUCUGUUAAGAAUGUCAUAAUUUUCUUAAACAUAGAUUCCCCUCCAUCUGAUUAUAUGGACUGUUAUGCCACCUUCUCCAGCCGCUUUUCCACAGAACAUGUCUUGUAUGGCCUUUCUAACCUCAUGGAUAGCUACCCAUGGAACUUCAGUGUCCUCUUUAGCUUUGAUUUAACUAAAUAAGGUUGAGUGACUUGUCUGCAAGCUGUACAGUUAAAAAAAGAAGUCUUCUGGCAGUUUCACUAUGUCAUUGAACUUGCUGAUAACAUUGCCCCGUUCGUCUUUUAAUGGGUGCAUUUUUGUCCUUCCUGUGCAAAGUUCUUUUUAUCUGAUUUGAUGCUGCUGCCCUUUUUAACUGCUGCUUCUGCCUCUUUGACAUUAUAAUUUGGUAUGUUUUUGGUAUUCUGUUUGUUGAUCAGCUUUGAUAGCUCAACAAAGUCUAUUUUACCUCUUGUGGUAGUCAGCUUCAUCUGCUGUUUUUUUAUUAAGUCUUUUGUGGUUUCAGAGGCCUUGCUUACGUCUUGUGUUGGUGCUUUACCUCCAACUUCAAUUGCCGCCUCAGAAAUCAGUCUAGUUAUUACGGUUUCAUUCAUUCCCUCUGUGUCGUUUGUUUCUUCUUGUUCUGAGGCAUCGUAUUUGUCCUCAAGAACAAUUCUAACUUCCUCUGCUUUUACCCUGACAACAUCUAGGUUGGCCUGCUUUUUAGUAAUUAAUCUUGUUCUAGUUCUUUUCAAGUUGAGGGCAAUCUUUGCCCUCACAAGCCUGUGAUUGCUACACUUCACCUUGCCCACUACUUCCGUGUCCUGUACUAUGCCUGAGUCCCCGCACAUUAUGAAAUCUAUAUUAGAAAUCUACUUCAUUUUUCGUUUUGUUUCUCCAUGUGAAAUCCAACAUUUACUCCUGAAUACCGGCGUUACUAGGUUAUCCACAUUUUAAUUGCAGUGCAGGUUUGAGGUGCUUUGAUGACAUGCACACGCUACCAAAAAAUUGUUGGAGCAGGCGCAUAUUGUUAAUAGCAAACAACUGUGUUCUUCUCUAUUCCACCUAAAGUGGAUUUUAUGUAUAUAAGUGAUAGCUCUAGACAUACUGCAUUAUUCUAGAUUUGUGGCACAAAUAGCUGUAUCAUUGUUUCUCUCUUAGCUAUUGCAGACUGGAGUUUGAGCAGUUAGUCUUCAGAGCUUCGUGUGUGUGUGUGUGUUUUCACUAAUUUAAAGGUUGUCAACAGUGUGUAUGUCGCAGCACAGUUCCCGUGUUGCUGUAAGGUGGAAUAAGUCUGGAAGUGCCAGUGCCAUGUAGACCUUCAUUUGCUUGCAAACAAGGUGCCAUGGUGCCAUGGUGCCAGGUGUAUUGCUUAACCAUGUCAAACGAUGGAAUAUAUUUAGUGUAAUACGUAUCUGCAAUGAAACUACAUGAAAUCUUUUUUGAGUAACAUGCGUGGGAACAUGCUGUUGACUCGUAACCAUGCUUUAAAGUGAUUUUGUUUCAUUUGAAUGUUUACAUGACUUGUAGGUGUUGCCUUAUAUAUUUUAUCUAUUCUACUUAGUCUGCUUGUAAUAUUUUUUUUUUGUGAAGUUAUGUUGUAAGACACUUAAGAUGUGUAGAUUUGCGACUACUAUACACUGAAGGCCAAACUCUUUUGCUUUUGAUGAUGCUGCUAACUGAGGCUUUUCUUUUUUCUGUAUGCAUAUUUACACAAUUUUACCAGAAAUUUUAUUUAUUAUUGCUGUGCUCCUUGGUCUUGCUAUGUGGUCAGAAGAGUUGCCCCUAAAAAAUGUGUUAAAGCAAUUUUGGUGAUGUUUUCUUCUAGAUAGCGUAUUUUUGACUUGAAAGGUUUUGUUGCCUUUGUAGCCAUUCAAGCUUUUAUAAGUAUACUGUUUUGCAUAAGCAUUGUACAUGAUCGUUUACUGGAUGUAACAUUCCUUGUCAAUCAUUGUAUAUUUUUUAAACAAAAGCAUUGAAUGUUGAAGAUGACCAAUAAUUCUUGGUUUAGCCUUGCAAGGUUUUUUUGGGAAGGUUAUCAAGCAGUCGAGCUUGAGAAACCCUCAACAAUAUUGUAGGCAUUUUCUAUGCAAAGAUGUCAGUGUAUGAGCAGUUUCUCUCCCCUCCCCCUUUUUUUUAUCCCCUUAGGGUACAAAAGCAUCUCUUGAAUGUGCUCACCCAUGUUGGCUUACUAAGCAGCAAAUAAAAUGAACGCCUACUCAGAAAUACACAAGUCUUGUCAGACACCCAAACUUAUGGUAUUUAUCAGAUCAGAAUAACCACUAUUUUGAUUGAUUUCGGCUAUAAAUUUAGGAUUUCUUUUAUCUGCACUUGUCUUUCUUUUCUUCUCAUUGUUUUUGUGCAAAUUCAUGUGGCUGGAGGUUUUAAUUUGGGCCUGUACUUAUGACAAAAUCAUCUUCAUUGACUGUAUUUUUUGUUAAAGGGAAACAAGUUCUGCUAGUACAGUUCAGACUACUUUAAUAUAUUUGAAUGACACAUUCUUAAUGCGUCUCAGCACAGUGGUUGUCACCAGUAGCUUACCUAACCUGAACACUGUUGAGAUUAAUCUAGUUCAGGAGCACAGCAUGUAUGUAAGAAUAUGAAGCUUUUUGGCAGUUUCUCUGCCCUGUGCUAUCAUGUGAGAGUGCUCCCUCUUAAUGUGCAAUGUGUGCUGCCUCUUCUUUUGCACGCAUUGCAUUGCAAAAUUAUGUCUUGUGCACUUGUUACUGAUUGUGGCUGUUUGGUAUGUAUUAAGUGUGAUUCAUUAACCCACAGUUGUAGUUGUCCAAUCAAUUUCAGUCUAGCCUUCAUUGAACAGAUUUGUCCUUGAGAAUAAGUAUGUGGCCUCGGUUUUUGUAACAAAAAUUUCACAAUGGAUACUCCUAAGCCUGACUUCAUGAGCUUUUGUUUUACACUCUGUGACAUCACUUAAGUCUCAGUAGCUCUAUGCAGUAAUGCUGCAACCUCCUCGUGUGCAUAGAGCGUUUGCCAGUUUUUCCCAAGCAAUGCAAGCUUAUACUAUCUUAUUAACAGUUUCAAGUAUGAGUUCUUAUUUACUGGUUUCUGUGGGCAUGCACAGUAACUAACUGAGCUUGGCCAUCUGCACACUACCGCCCAGGCUUCGUGACCAUAGAAUGCGGCUUAAUCAGGUUAAACCACAGUUGCUGAUGCCUUUUGUGACCGCACUGUCGCCCCAUUUCUUACUUCAGGCAAGCAUCGCAUUAACAGUGCACCUCAAGAUUACAGCAAAAAUAAAGGAAUAAACAAACAAAACAAAAGUUAGCAUCCUGCACAGACAUAUUAUAUCAGCACACAUACAUCCCCUCUUAAAAAGGUUUUAGUGCCAAAGCAUCCAUGACCAGAACAGACAAAUAUUGCAUUGGCAAUGUACUUUGCAGUAGUUAACAGUGGUGCUCUGUGUAUGAAAGAGUUUUAAUGUUGUGCUUGUUUUUUACAUUUCUUAGUGACUAUUUCUAAAAAGCCAUUUCAUUCUCUUUUCUUUUUUGUUUUCCUUUCUUCACUCCAUACACUUUUGUUGUGCUUACAAAAGGUUUAUACUAAUAAUUGUUCCUUUACUACCUCCUCUUUAUUCUUGGGUGUCAUGUCUUAAGUACAUUUCAGUUACGUAGUUGUCCUGGGACUUUUUGCUGUUGGCACUAAAAAGAGUGUGUAAAAGAAAGAUUAGCUAUUUGUCAUCAGGUUGCCAAGAUGCAAAAUAAUCAUUGUAUGCUGUGACAAAAUUCAGAGGGUGCUGUUUUAACCCAUAAGUUAACCACUUUGAAAAUCAUUAUGGACACCCCGUGCCAGCAUGCAGCAGACCUCUGAGUCAGAGGGAAUGGAAGAACCAGCAGUAGUUACAUGCAAAAGUAAAAUCUGGUCAACUCCAGCAUUUUGUUAGAACAACAUAAGCAUGUCCCUCAAACCUUUUAGCACUACAGUGUGUCGCGAUAGUAAUGUGUGUUGUCUUGUUAAAGGGACACUAAAGGCAAAUAACAGUUUGUCAGAGUGAAAGCUCAAUAUGUGAGAACGUCUAAAACGUCAGUACUAUUAUCUAGGGAUGGGCGAAUAGUGAAUUUGAGGUUCGAAGCGAAUCCGAAGCGAAUAGUGAUUUGGUCGAAUAAUUUCGAAUCGAAUAGUUCGAACAGUAAUUACCGCAUAUUAUUAAGAAAAAUUAGCAUUUUUGUCAUGACCCUUGCACAAUAUUUUUAAGGAUCGGAACUAUGUAUGAGUGAAUCUUACUUUUUUGGUUUGAAAUGAAGUGGAAGCAGCCUUGAAUAGUAUCAAGAUUUGAAUAGCAGUAGGGUGCAAGUUAUAAGUGGACGUUACAACUUAAAAAUUACCAUGCUUAGCGCAUAUAAGCCCAUAUAACACGCUUUUAAACUUUAAAAAAAAUAUGUACAUUGAACCUUGAAGUGUGGCUUCGCGGCAGUGCAGAUUUCCCCUGGAUGGGUUGUUUCACGGCACAGCAACUAGACACUGCAGUGAAACCACCUUUACAGGGGGUUAUGUGCGGUCAAAUGUAUACAUAUAUUCGUUCAUUUCGAAUACUUCAAAAUUUCGAAUAAUCUAAAUUCGUAUCGAAGCGAAUUAGAAUACUGCAAUAUUCGUUUGAAUAUUCGAAAGGCCCGAAUGUUCGCCCGUCCCUACUAUUAUCAAUAGCAGUGAUCUACUAAUCGAGAAAUUAAGAUAAAUGUAGAGCACGAUGUGCACCAUGAGUGGCACAUUUUGGAAAUGAUUCCGAUGACGUCAAGAGUCCCGUGUCCAAGUAACCACUAGUAAUCAAGCUAGUUGCAAUAAAAAAAAAGAACCUUCCGUGCAUCACAAGAUACUUAGUAGCGUUUGCUGUCGGGCUAGUUGGUACAUGGCUGAAGUUGAAUUGAUGGCGCAAAUGCUUGGACAGAGUGUAUUACAUCACAAGAUGUAAUAAAAUGCUACUUUCUACUUGUUCGUUUAUGUUUGAUUCAUGGAAAAAAGAACAUCUUAACGUUACCAUGGGGAACGGCGCGAGUGGUUCAAAAGUUUCAUUUUCGCUGGGCUGCGCGUCUGAGUGGUAGUUUUGGUAUCGCGUACUGCUUCAUGUGCUUGGCUCUCGCUAUUUUCGCACUGUUGAUACUCUACUGCUGCCUGCUGGCCAAGCUAAGCUCCGUUACAGCGAACUAUACUGUUUCGGAGUGGCCCGUGGCUGCGUUUUGGCGAGGUUGAUGGCCGCUGUUGCACUAGAAACCGUAGCGUCGGCGGCGGGGCAGUAAAGGUGGGCAACGUUGGCCACGGCAACUGCUACGUCAGAAGGCCCGUUCAGGCGGGUGAUUUGAGGUGCACUAACACCGUGUGGACUGCUAAAACGUGGUUUUCUUUCAAAAUAAGCUGUCCCUUGGCACGAAACAAGCACUACGAGGUUUCUGGAAUGCUAUUUCAACAAUCAACAUCGACAUAAUAUUUGCCUUUAAUGUCCCUUUAAGUCAUUAACUUUAUGUUGAAAACUACUUAAAGGCUUGUGGCAGCAUACACUACUUCUAAACGAUGUCUGCACCUGUAAGCAUGAGUUUGUGCACCGCAAAACCGCAGUAUCAUUUACAGGGGCCCUGCAAUGUCCACAAAAAAAAACGCCCAGUACCGAUUACAUUACUGCAAAGGGCCAAUUUUCCGCACAAGAAGUUCCGCACAGACAACAGGCCAUGGUGUUACAGUGGUUGGAUGGGAGCAUGUAGCGUAGCUUACGCUCAUGUGCUGUCAAAAUUACUUUGUCCAGUCUGCAGAAAGUUGCUCAUUCGAUUGAAGAGAAUACACACACUGAAAAAAGAAAUGAUUCCAAAUAAGAUUUUCUAAACCUUGCACAUAAGGGCACUGAAAUUAUACAAGGUGUAAAGGCUAUCAUGCACUAAUUUUGAUUAAAAGCGAAGCUUUCUAUGCAGGUGAAGCCAGUAGAUUGUUGCUUAGUAUAUCCUUCUAAAAAAGCCUUCAGUGUAUUUUAUGUUUAUCCUGAUUAGUUGUAGUUUCUAAUGAGUAACUUACUAACUUAAAUUGUUUAUUGUUUUAAAAGGACCCCUUGUUUUAAAGGGUCCCCACAAUACUUUUCCAAGUAAUCAUCGAAUGACUUCUUUGCAGAAGUUUAUUGCCUCAUGAAUCAGCUGCCAUAAAAAUCUUUAUGAUUCCGUCAAGUACGAGCAGUACAGAGAUUUGUCACAUGCUUCAAGUGCUUUGUCUCUCCUUGUGUACCAGAGAGUACGCUGAAAGCUACGCAGGUGUGAUGACAAGGGCGCAAGAAGAUAUCUCUGUUCGUCAGUGUGUGUCAUGACCUUCAGCACUUUUUCUUCUUUUUCUUCGAAUAUGCGGCUUACUUUCAGUGCGAUCAUUAGCAUGCUGGUGUAAUUCUAUACUGUGCAUAAUUCUAGCACUAUAGAGUGCAGUGCAGGCACGUUGCGGCAUCCCACGGCGGCCAUAAUAACUAUGCAGCUCACGAUGCUCAAAUCAGUCAAUGGCCAUGAUCCUUGUGCUUAUGGCAUGGUCAUUUUGGCUUAUGGCAUCAUUUGUCGAGAAAAAAGUGAUCAAUUUUGAGCUGACAUUGAAAUUUAAUUGUAAAUUCCAUGCCGCGUUCUAUGCUGUAAUGUAUGGCUCACGUGUUAGCAGGAGCCUCGACUGCCGAAUGGCAGCAUUUUCUGACCAUGUUAAAAAAAAUGUUGCAGAGCCCCUUCAAUUGUUAUUUAUGGCAGAUAUGUCAACACAAGGCGUUAGAACUCAUUGGAAACCAUCAGUUUCAUCUCUUCAUGGCUUAGUAUAACUUGCAUGACUCUCUUUCCUGCAUUGCAAAUAAAAGCCUGUGAAAUAUUUAAAAAACUGGCCCAGCUGGCUUGUGUGCCACAGCAGGGGUACUGUAAGCAUUCUGUAAAGAAACUAAGUGCACCAUGCGUAACCCAACAGUUGCAUCUCUUUGACAGGACAUUUAUCUUGGCACAACUGCAUAAUUCAUGCUAGUGCCAAGCUGUCAAAAAUUUCAAUGGACUAUCAGUUUGCAAUGCAAUGGUAACACAAACAAGCAUAAAUGUAACAGCAACCUUAACAAAAGGCAGCAUAUGAUAUUUAGCGUUAUUGAUUCCUUACUCUAGCAGAAUGUUGGCUCGUUGUUUGGAAGUAGUACUGCUGUAGCAUUUCGGGGGAUACCUUUCAAAAUUUCACACAGCUUGCAACGGAUGAAUCAGCUUCUACGAGCGAUAGUGUUUUUCGUGCAUUGCCAAGCAUGCCAUCCUAGUUCAGUGCCACAAAUUCAGUCGCCUGGUGUUUUUUGCAAAAAUAUUUCAUGAGGCUUUCUUAGACACAGGAAAAGUAGCCAGACACGUGAUGGCACACUGCAAACAAGUUGAAAAAUUGAUGUUUUCAAAUUUAAUCUGUAACAUAGUGUUGGACAUAUCUUCCGUAAAUGUAACACUUGAAAAAUUCAUCACUGCAAACUAAUUACAAAUGGAACAAAAAAUACCAGACCCUUCUUAAGGUUGCUGCUAGCAGCACAGUUUGUUUCAGUCGCAUAGAAGGCUUUCCUGAAACUUGGUGCACAAGAGCUAGGACACCCUGUGUAAAGUGUCUACUGUCACAAUCACAAAGGUCUAGCUUUCAUUCACAAAGAAGCGAAAGCAGCAUUGGCACUAGUAUUAGCAAAAUAUUUGGCCACCAUGGCUCAGCUACUUGUGUUUUUGUGGUAGUGGUGGUGGUGAUGUGACUUGCAGCAUGGAAUAAAACAUCAGUUGGGAGUGGAGUGGGAUACUUAAGCUGCCAUAACCAAGUUGAGAGCAGUUUUUUGUUUGUGUUUUGGAAAUCCUCAGUUUUUUGUGUUUACCUACUCAGAUGCCUUUUUUUAAUACUUGUUGCACUUUAUCUGUGUGUGCGGUGCUGAGAAUAGAUCUUGAGCAAACGGCUAGGUACUUGUUUGUGUUAAUUCCCAUAUGUUCUGUGUUGUGUGCUGUUAUGAGCCUAUGUUGUUUUUUUAUAACCCCUUAAUUUCUUUGUGUUUGUUUUCCCUUUAGAGUAACUUUCCUCUCCCCUCUCUCCUUUCCUUCUGUAUUACCGUUUCCAUGGCUGUAAGAGAGUGCAGGUGACCACAAAAAGGUGAGAGAGCUACAGUUCUUGCAGAUGUUUCCUGUGCUAAUGAAUACAAUAAACUGCUACUGGUUACACUCCAGAGUUGUUGCAGGGUCCCUUCAUUAUUGUGAUUUUUUUCUCUCAUUACCAUGUUAUUGAUGUACAGGUUAGUUUUUCCAGAAGGCCAUUUUCAAGUUCAUAUAAUCUCUCUUGUAGUUAUUCAGCAGUCAAACUGCUGUUCACCCUAUUAAAAUUAAGGAGCUCUGUUCAUUUGCAAAAUUUGCAAUUUGUUCCACUGAUUCAAACCAAAUACCGCAAAAGCUUUUUGAUGAUAAAUUUAUUAGAUAUCUUGACUGUCUUUUUACUUACCAUAUAUUUUGGUAGCCCACAGUCUUCUCAUGGGUAAUGUUACAUUGGUGAUGUGAUACCAAAAAAGAUGUAACCACAUUGAAAGUAAUGGGAUCUUUUGUGUUAGUAUGGAGACCACAUACUCUUGGGGCAGCUUGUUACACACACUGCACAAAGUGUAAGUUAGCUUGGUCACUCUUUAAAUUGAUCACUAACUCUACACAACAAAGUGAGCUCAGCUUAUUUUUCUUCAUAUAUUUUGAAAACUAUAUACACAAGGCCUUUUGGCAAUGAUCAAAGUGUGUUAUGAGCUGAUUUGUUGGAAUUGGUAUGCUUAUGUGGUUGUGGCAUUUCAGGCACUGUGAUGUGCUAAACCCCCUCCCAUGCCUAUCUGUGAAAAAAAAAGUACUGCAUAAUGAAAUUUGAUUUGGUGUCAGUGUCCUUAAUUUUGAAGUGCGAGUUUGGCGUGUCAAGCCUUGUAUAUGAGUGUCACUGCAGUGCAACUUUGCGCCACAUUUGGUGUUGUUUGUAUGCUGCCUAUCCUGGUAAUAACUUGUUGUGGUGAUGGCACAUAUUCAUAGUUGGCAUCUCUUAUAUCUCUGACAUUGCACUGUCCUGUUCCUCUCAACUCAAAUUUUGUGACCUGAAAUAAUGACUCCAGUGCUGUUGUGGUAAGCCGUACUUGUGGGAUGUUGUCUGAGUCAAGUGAAUUACAAUAACUGUUACUGUGAAACUAUAUUGGUUGUAGCCUUAUCUGCAGUCAAACAAUUUUGAAUUCAUUGAAGCUAUUUAUAGCCAGUUGCACCCUUUCUGUCUCAUGGACAAGUCUCACUCCUAUGCAGACUCUGCAUUGUCUCUUGGUCACCAUGGGCAAGUGCCAGCAUUUUCUUUGGUCAUUUUUAUUGCACAACUAAAUGACAUAAACCUACAUAACAAUAAAUAUUUCACACCAUUGACUUGGGGCAAAAUAGGCAGUGGGCAUGCAAUUAGGGGCUAUCUAGUCUGUGUUCCACUGUAUUAAAAGCACUUUGUAAAUACA